UCGAUCAUUUUGCAAUAGCAGGGGGCGGAGCUUUUCUCUCUGGCCGCCAAGAGAGAAUUCGAACGCCAACAAUGGAGGACGGCGAUCUUCCUCAAAUGAGUACGACCUUCGAGUCGGGAAAUUCUGCCGCUGGACUGUCACAGGAAGAGUGCAUGAAUCGGAUUGUGAAAAGCCUCAAGCAUCCAACCAUAAAGUUUUUGAGGAAGCAUAUGGAGCUGGCGGGUUGCCCAGUGUGGGUGAAGCUAAUCAUGGCGGCUAAUUGCAAGAGAAAGGGAAUCGCCGGGGGAUACUCUACUGGUAAUGGGAUUAUAGUUUGCUGUAAUCAUCUGGCUUACCAAGAUGAGAUUAAUCAAGUUCUCAUACAUGAACUGAUUCAUGCUUAUGAUGACUGUCGUGCUAAGAACAUGGAUUGGAAAAAUUGCGCUCAUCAUGCUUGCACUGAGAUCAGGGCUAACCAUCUUAGUGGCGAUUGUCAUUAUAAACGUGAAUUGCUGAGAGGGUUCAUGAGAAUGCGUGGACAUGAACAGGACUGUGUAAAAAGGCGAGCUCUCAAGUCAGUUAAAAGUAAUCCAUACUGCUCUGAAAUUGCUGCAAAGGAUGCCAUUGAUGCUAUCUGGGAUAUUUGCUAUAAUGACACUUUGCCUUUUGAUAGAGCCCCAUGAAUACAUUUUCUCAGUUCGUCAGCAGCAUCUUUUUUCCUGAAGUGAAGGCAAUAAGAUCUGGUUUCAUUAGAAUCAGUCAGAAAGAAAUUAUUUUUUUUAUUAAACGAGCUUGAGCCCUUAUGCUAUACUUAAACGAUGGGAAGUGUGGAAUGGAGGCAUAACCGGCCAUUUGUUUCUCGGCUAUGGCGCAAUGCACACUCCUUUCUUUGCAGUGCUUUGCACCAACUAGCAAUGUUGCUUCAACUUUGUCAAAUUUCUGUUGAAAACAUUCAAGAAGAUGUUAUUGUAAUCCUAUACAAGUUGUAAGUUGAGUUCAAUUAAUUUAUGCCAAUAA